GUUGGAAGGAGGUUUGGGCGGUGAGGCUGCGGGCUCUGCCUCCUCGUCCCCUGACGCUGCUGCGAGUAGCCAUGUCGGAGGCCUAUUUCCCGGUGGAGUCGGGCGCUCUGGGACCUGAGGAGAACUUCCUGUCUUUGGACGACAUCCUAAUGUCGCAGGAGAAGCUGCCGGUGCGCGUGGAGACGCCCAUGCCGCGCCUGGGCGCCUUCUUCCUGGAGCGAGGAGCGGGCGCAGAGUCGGACUACGCGCUCCCUCAGGGCACAAAAAUUGAGCUUCCCUUGUGGCUGGCUAAAGGACUCUUUGACAACAAGCGACGCAUCCUUUCUGUGGAGAUUCCCAAGAUAUACCAAGAGGGAUGGAGGACUGUGUUCAGUGCCGAUGCUAAUGUCGUGGACCUCCACAAAAUGGGGCCCCGUUUCUAUGGUUUUGGCUCCCAACUUCUGCAUUUUGACAGUCCAGAGAAUGCAGAUAUCUCCCAGUGUCUGCUGCAGACUUUUAUUGGACGGUUCCGCCGCAUCAUGGACUCCUCCCAGAAUUCUUACAAUGAAGACACUUCAGCACUGGUAUCCAGGCUAGAUGAGACAGAGAGAGGCUUAUUUCAAAUAGGGCAGAAAGGGCUGAAUGACUUUCAGAGUUGGGAAAAGGGUCAGGCUUCUCAGAUCACAGCAUCCAACCUCGUUCAGAAUUAUAAGAAGAGAAAAUUCACUAAUAUGGAAGACUGAAAGUGGAAACGAACUACAGCUUGUGUCCCUGAUAAAACCUAGUUAAGUUCAUGGGUGACCCAACUGUGUACUGCUUCAGAGCCUCUAACCUUCAGCAAUCUCCAAGCUUGGAACUAUCUGGUUGGGGGCAGAUGUGGAUGUCCUGGAUCCUGGACUUUAGUUACCUGCUGUUCCACAGCAUAGAUAAGAAUUCAGCUGAGGAGGAGCCAGAUUCCAUUUUAAAUAAGGGUCAUGGACCCUUACAUAGUCAAGUUGGAGCUGGGAUUCUUCAGGUGUCUGAUCUCUGGCUGCAAAGGACAAGUACAAAGUGGGUCAUCUCUGCCUGUUCACAAAUUUCUCUUAAGCUUAUUUGCCUUACCUUCCUCAUGGUUGGACAAAGGACAGCAUCCCCACCAUGCUGCCUGCCUGCUGGGACUUACCCCAGUUUCCAAAACAGGAAAUUGAGAAGAAAAGGGAAAAUCAUGAAUGGCAUAGCAGAAGGAGAAGACAUUGAGCUUGUGUGUCCUGUAAUCAGGGCUCUUGAACUAAAAUCACAUCCUUCCAGUCCACCCAGAGGGGCCAUGUAGAGCACUGGCACACUUGUUCUAUUCUCCAUCUAGAAAAGCUGUCAAGGAGGUGUUAGCAGUUGAAAAGUAGUUAUUUAAGGGUGUUUCCCAGCCUUUGUAAUCUUUCCAUCAGGGGCUUACACAUGAAGAGCCCCAGCUGAAAAACAGCCUGGCAAGUGUUAGCAGGAAAGACUCUUUACAAUUUUUUUUUUUCUCCAGGAAAUACUGCUACAUUAAUAUAAAGAGGCUAGGAAUCUGUUUAAAAUUGCACCAAGCAGAGAAAUGAGUUCUCCAGACCCUAGGCUGUCACUGUCAAAAACCUCAUUUCCUAAGGCCAUUUGGAUUGUCUAGUAGGUAGUUUCUCCACACCACUGGCUACCCCUGGCAUCCUAUAGCUACUGGAAAAUAUCUUCAUUGUAAUUAUGGAGAGACUUGGGUGUCCAGAUCACACAGAUAUUGUAAUGAAUUCUUAAAGUGAUAGAGAUUCAUUUAAAUGCCUGUCUUAGCACAAAAUUGUUUUUAUCAUUUGACUUCAUUUUAAAUAAAUGAUGGGCUUUGCACUUUG